GGGCAGAGCCCGGGCGAGGCCAUGGGGCUGGAGAAGGAGAAAGCGGACACCAAGAUCUUCAUGGACGAAGAGGGCUUCAACCGCAGCAGCAGCCCCGCUCUGUCCGACAUGGAGAAGAGCUCGGAGAAAGCCCCAGACAGGGACCCGCGCGGGAUCAACAGCCAUCUGAAGCUGGCAUUUGAGGAUGUGAUAGCAGAGCCUGCCUCCACUCACUCCUUUGACAGAGUUUGGAUCUGCAGCCAUGCGCUUUUUGAGCUCAGCAAAUACCUGAUCUACAAGCUCCUGACUCUUUUCCUGGCAAUCCCCCUAGCCCUGGUUGCAGGGGUUCUCUUUGCAGUGCUCAGCUGCCUGCAUAUCUGGAUUGUGGUGCCUUUCACAAAGUCCUGCUUCAUAGUCUUGCCCUCGGUGCAGGCUGUAUGGAAGAGUGUGACGGAAAUUCUUGUUGCUCCACUGUUUCACAGCAUAGGAAAGUGCUGUGCAGCAAUCAACAUACGACUUGACCAAGAGUGAACAUCUGGGAUUCGAUAACACACUAGUCUUCAGUGUUGUUAUACCUCUUUGC